UUUUCCUGUGCAUUCAACUCGCUACACACGGAUCAGUACCCCAGGUUCUGCACCAUGGCAGAAAUUACACCCGAGAAAGCAGGUCAGAUCGUGGAUGAUAUCCGGCAUCGGAAUGGUGGAAUAACUGACGAAGAGAGAGCUGCAACGCCUGUGGGAGUCUUAGAAGCGUUGGAGAAUGUUCACAGGCAGCUGAGCAUGUUCUUGGUUUCCAAAGACUCUUCCAUCACCGGUAACACAAACACCGAAUUUGUCUAUGAUUUGAUUGCUAGCACGGAGAGGUUCCACUAUUCUCGUGUAACUCCAGAGAUUGAACCAUUUCUUGAGUUUGCGGUGCUUUCAGAUCGUAUCGUGGUUGACUCUAAUGACGACGGAUGCACUGAAGGAGAUGUAAGGAUACUCUGUGAUAUUGAACACUCUGUAUCGAGGGGCGUGAACUGGAUCCAGGGCAAGUUUCUGAAAAAUGCGUUCCAUAUUGCAUGGAAAGUGCACAUCCAAUCAGGCCCGUUUAGCUUUGCCUUUCAACGCCCGGGUCUGAUGACCCCCUUUAACGAGGCCAAGGAGUCUCUUCCAGAGAAUGUCCGAACCAGGAUUACACUAUUCCUCUAUCGACCCGAAUUGUCUGCCGAUAUAGCUAAAGGAAUAAGCGGAAUUCUGCUCAAGGGGUUCAUGAUGUUCCAGCCUCGAUGCAGCAACUUCUUCCUUAAGCUAAAUCCACCUCAUGAAGCCCCAAGCCGGAUACAUCAUCAAAUUCAAUUGAAUGAAGACAUUAUAUCUUGGUCUACCGACACCAGCAAGGGGAUGUCCUAUAAGCGUUUCCUCGUACAUAAGUACCCUCCAAUUUUUCACUCCGUGUAUUUAUGCUUUCCCAUUGAUGAGGAGUCGAAACCUUCUCUCUCCACUGAAGAUGUUUAUCACCUGUCUGGAAGCUGUGGAAUCCCUCUUGGUUCCGUCGGCUUUAAUUUCGCGAUUUGCUGGGCGUUUGAGUUUCGAGGCAACGGCCAGAAGGCUUUUUUCGCUGAAGGUAUCUUGGACGUUAUAUCUGACGCUGUAUACCACGCGUUUACCGGCAAUGCUCUGAGAAAGAGUAUGAAAUAUUGUUGGGUUCAGUAUAUUCCCAACACGAAUAUCGCCUCGCGACUCUGGCGGGACAUGUUCAAGAGGUUAUGCGAAAGGCUUCGGGAGUGCAAAAUUUUCAUAACAGAGAAAGGAAGUCAAAAAGACCUUCUAUCUCUUCGAUACCUAUUGCCCAGCCACUGUACCAAUGAUAAUAAGCCUCUAUUUGAUGAUCUAGACCAAGACGUGUAUCUUUCGACUCAAUACACACAAUAUCUCGACUACCUGAAAUCUCUAGGUCUCCAAGAGAUAUCGAAUCAUGAACUAUUAGAAAGAUUCAGGCCAUGUAUGAAUGGCAUAGCACCCAGAUAUCAAAAUUGCACGAAAAACGAUCAUUGGCAUACGUGCGUUGCCCGACUUCUGAUAUCAUGGUUGACCACAACAUCGGAUCCUACCCUGAUAGCUAAAGUUAGAGACCUACCCCUUCUUCCCUUAUUAAAAGAACCAUUCGGAACGAACUUGGUGUCACAAGGUCAGCAUACAAAUAGCAUCACACAAAAGGUUUAUUUUCCGAUCGAUACUGAUGGCAACGCUAUUCCGACUUGCGUCCUUUCUCAUGUGAUCACCCCUGAAGCGGUGCGUAUUAUGGAGAGAAAAGAAGUGUUUCACUUACUUGGUGUUGAAUAUCCGGAUCGAAAAGUUGUCAUGGAUAUGAUAGUAGCGUUUAACCACAGAAUAUCCUGCAGGGUACCUGUUACUGACUCCGUCAAAAUCCUGAAGUAUAUGUAUAAAACGCGACUCACCGGCGCGAAUGGGAAAUGCCCCUGCUUAUUGCUCCUUGAUCAGGCCAUGACUCCAUUCAGGAGAAAUUGUACCCUAUUCAAUUAUGAGACCGACGACGUCUACUUUCAGACGGAGGGUGCCUACGGACUCAAAAACAUCUUACAAAAGUUGAAAGGAUCAUCCUACGAGAAAUAUGUCCGCUUCCUUCACCCAGAUUACUAUGACUCGAUAGAAACUACGACACAUGGCGUCUCUGAUCCGUGGAUACAAUGGCUCGAGGAUGUAGCAUUAAUUCGUCAAAUCCCACGCUUAACAAAUCCGCAAGCUCCCAAUAGACUCUCCAAUUUCUUUGAGGCAAUUGUGAGCCAUUGCCCAGAUAUCAUACUGGGAAUCCUCAAGACACAUUGGAAAACCUACGAGAAGGAGAUGACGCCGUCAGUUGUAUCUGCAUUAAAGCAAGCAGUUGUUCCAACAGGUGCCGGUGACAGAAGGCUUGAUCAGACUUACAUCCCCCUGCCACAACUUCGCAGGAUAUCUAAUCAAGUACUUGGCCUGGGAUAUAGGUUUCCUUACCUAGCUGAACCCGAGAACUGGGGGCCGUAUAUUGAAAAGGAAGCGUGCUUCCUGGGUAUAUUUGGCUCAACUGGAAAUGUUACAGUGCCAUUCUUGAAGGAGAUUGUGGCGGAGGCGACAGGCAUGACACCGAGUGAUCGAAAAAGGGCUUUUUUUUCACUAUACAAAGUAAUGAAAGAUAACUGGAGUGAGGAAAUACGGGUCUUUUUAAAUACUGAAGCAGCUGUAUACAUCCCGGCCGGAAGCAAAGAGGGGUUACUCGUUAAGCUGGAAAAGUGCAUGUGGAACGGACCUCCGUGGCUACAUGCCUCAUAUGCCCUUGCCUCAUUUUCUGAGUAUUCCCAAAACGCGAAAGUGAAGCAUCUUUUCCAAACCCUACUUGGGGUUAGAGAUGCUGACUUGCAAACUUACCUCGACGAUUUGGUCUUCUUGAAACUUACCAGCGCCGGGAGCCUCGAACAGAUCUACAACGUGUACAAGGCUAUCCUUCACGAUGCAAAAGGUGACGAGGAUUGGAAGAGCUUGCGCAACCAAUUUGAUAACUACGGGUUACUGUACGAGCCGGCCUCGAAGAAAUGGUAUUCACCCAAGGGUUGUAUAUGGAUUGCAACAUCAGUAGGCGAAAAAAUCGGGAUAAGCGAAAUAUACCCAGAUUUGAAAAAAUUUUUCAUCAAGAUGGGUGUACAACGACCGUCAAUGAACACCUACAUAUCGCAGAUCGAGUACUUGUCUACUCAAGACAACAUCCCUGCCGAUAUGGUUAUCGAAGCAAUCCGUCAUAUAAGCAAAUAUAAACCCAUAGAGUCCGCCCUUGAAUCACUCAGGGAUGUCAAGCUUCUACCGAUAGUUACGCCAGACGGAAACUUUCACUAUGGCUCAACCAGGGACGACUUUCUUAUCAUUGAUCGUGAUGGUUGGCCACUUCUAUUCCGUGAAAAGGCGCCAACGCUUCAACUUACACCCAAAGAAGCCCAAGAGUUGAGGCCGUUCCUGGAAGCUCUAGGGUUAAGCGGUCGAUUUGUAUCUACCGCCGCCACGAGCAAAACAUCCGUUGUUUGCGCCGUUUUCUCUCCGGAUCUUACUCGAGAGUUCCAGCAAAAAGCCACAGUAUUGUGUCGAUGUGCCGUACAUUAUGUUGGUGCAACAAACAAUGAGGCCACCCAGAAGUUGCACCGAAUAUCCAGGUAUGCAACCGUCUAUACCAGUGACGAUAUUACAGAAGUGCGUAGUUUGCAGCUGCCUUCUGGUUUAAUUACAUCUAUCAAAACACCUGGUAGAUUACACAUGGACUACUCAACUGGGCAUCUGCAAGUGGUCGUGCCUUGUGAUAUAAAUGAAAGGCAUAUAAGUUACUCAAAGCACCUCCCAGAGGCACUGAUUGAGUCUCUAUCAAUAAACCACCCAGCUGCUUGCGGAACCUUUGCAAUGGUUCUGCGCGAACAAGUUGAAGUCUCCAGUAGUGUUUUGCUAGAAGGGAGUAUUCCUGAACUAUCAGAAUUGGCGUUGAUGAAAUUGGAAAAUACAGAGACUGAACCCUGUGACGAUGAAAUUUCAAAUCGCCUAGCUUCUCUGAUGGCAGCACAUUCUCUUGAUUUAUCGAAGGUUUCCGACUCCCUCGGUGGGAGCCUUUUUUCAGGCGGUACAACUCCAGGAAGACUUUUUGCGACAGAGGCAUCAAAAAGCGAUAGCCAUAAAGACUAUGGAGCAUCUUCACUGCUUAAGGAUGAGGGCUCAGCCGACGAAAACCGGACACACGAGUUGUUUGUGACAGCGCCGUCAUCGUUUACCGAACCUGGAGAGAGUAGGGAGUUUUGCAUUGAGAGCGAUCCUACCCUUACCAGUGGAAUAGACAGAUUUCAAAGAUCUUUGGCAAGAGUGAAUUGGGGGCACGGGGGCAGUGUUCUGGAAUCAGAUGAAGGUGAAAAUGAGUGAGCUACAAACCUCUCCCGUCGGUAUGGAGCUAGGAGGCUUGAGAAAUGUGGGCUUUGCUUGUGGUGAAAGAUGGGAAUUUCCAAUUAUUAGACUGUAGUAUGUCGUCUAUUGCAAAACGGCGGAGGAGAGCUUGAAGGGAUCCAUCGAAGUCAGAUAUUUUACAUACUCUAUACUCCCCAUCAUACCAUGGACACUAGAAUUACUUCCUCAGAUAGCAAGUGACCUAUU